AUGACGGAGUGGCUGAGUAACAAGACUGUAGUUAUUACCGGCGGGAGCUCGGGGAUGGGUCACGCCACAGCCCUCAAGUUGUUAGCAGUAGGCGCCACAGUUCAUAUUAUCGACAUCCAGCCGCUGGCUUCCGGCCACCAGCCCUAUCCACAGUCUGGCAAGUUAUAUACGCAUAUCCCCGUGGAUAUCACUUCCCGCGACCAGGUCCGCAGGGCCUUUCAGGAGAUCGACAAGGUCAGUCCAGACAUUUACGGGGUGGUCAACGCGGCUGGUGCUGCCCCCGAGGAUGACCAGGGCCGAUUGAUCGAGAGCGACGCAGUAUUCCACAAAACGUUUUCUAUUAACGCCUUGGGGUGUUACCACGUUACUACCGAGUUCCUCACCAGGGUCAGAGACCGGAAUGACCCGGCAGCUCCCGAUGCUGCUGUUAAGGAGACCAAAUACAACAUUGUCACCCUCGGCUCUAGCGCCGCCCUAGUUGGCUUUCCACAAUGCUGCACCUACACCGGUGCGAAGCAUGCCGUGCUCGGGUUCACCCGAACUUGGUCGCUAGACUGGGCACCUUAUGGUGUUCGUUCAAACAUGGUGGCACCCGGAGCCACCAACACGCCCCUCGCUCGCGUUCAGAUGCCGGAUAACAAUGAGCAGUCGAAAGACGACGUCUAUGGUCAGCAGGAUAGGGGUGCAAUCAUGGACAUGGCCCGCCUUAAAGUGCCUCUCAAGCGAUGGGGCGAAGCAGACGAGCUUGCUGAUGGCAUCAUUUUCCUCCUCAGUGAGAAAUCGUCCUACAUAACUGGACAAGUCCUGCCUGUCAAUGGCGGCUGGCCUCCAUAA